AUGGGUGCAAUUGGAAAAACAAAAGUAUUUUUAUGGUUAGGUACCAUUAUAUUAAUGUUAGCAGGUAGUCUUGCUAUGAUUAUCUAUAAUAAACCUUUACAAUUACAAGGAUUAGGUACAAAAACUAUAGUGGGACAGGUGUGGUUUAAUGCUGUAUUAGCUUUACAUUCAAUUUAUUUAAUUGGUGUAGGUUUCGAAUUAAUUUCAAGAGCAUAUCUUAUGAUGGUUGGUUCAACUUGUUCAGAACAAAGAAGAGGAUUUUUAUGUUGUUUUGUAUAUUCAAUGAGUAUUUGGUGGAAAUUAAUGAUGAUUUUAGGUGUUGUUUCAUCUAUUGUAUUAUGUGGUUUGACAGCAUUAGUGAUUGUAUUAGAAGGAUUUGCAAAAAUAAAGAUUAUUCGUUUAGCAGUUACAGAUGCAGUAACAUUGGUUCAAUUAUUCUUUAGUGUAAUAUGUUUUGUAACAUCAAGAGCCACCCAAAAAAUGCAAGAUGAAGAAGAGGAAGCACUUCAUGGUGUUAAAAAACAAGAACUCCAACCAACUAAUUCUGCUGCAUCAACUCCAUCUUCUGCUCCACCAUGUUAUAUUGUUGAUGAGAAAAAAGAUUCUGCUUCUCCAUCUGGUCAAUCUAAAGAUUCUGAACCUUCAGCAGUUUUACCAGCUUAA